AUGAACGAAGAUCAAGCCAUCCUCGACAUCCAGCGCAAGAUCGAAAAGGAGCGCGUCCUCAUGACCGCUGCCAACAAUAUGCGGUCCCAGACAGACAACGACGCCGUCCGCUCUCGCCUCGACUCCCAGAUCCGCGACGGUCGCCGCAACAUGCAGUUCUUCGAGGAACGCCUCAAUGAGCUCCAGAUGCGCCGUGUCAACCAAGGCGUCAGCAGCAUGGGCGUCCACGAUGAUGCUGAUGGCCCUCCCCCGCCUCCGCCCAAGGACUCAUCGGUCCAGUACAGCCAGAUUGGCCAGCACGGCGAUAGGAUGCCCUCCCAGCAUCCCUACCCCGCGCAGCCUCCUGGUGCACCCAUGCCCAAGGGUCGGCCCAACUUUACCAAGCUUGAUCUUAUCAAAUAUGAUACCCCGUACCUGGGUCCCCGUAUCCAGCUCAUGCUCUCCCAGCUCCAGUUCAAGCUCAAUGUUGAGGAACAGUACCUCAAGGGUGUCGAAAAAAUGGUUCAGCUAUAUUCAAUGGAGGGAGAUCGCAAGAGCAAAGCCGACGCCGCAGCGAGGAGGGUGGACAGCAAGCAGAAAAUCGUUCUCUUGAAGCAGGCAUUGAAGAGAUACGAGGAACUGCAUAUUGACAUGGACAACUCGGAUACGCCCGACGAUGAUUCUAUUAAUACUCCCAAUCUCCGCAAGCCCCUCAGCGGUUCCCUCUCCCUGCGCAUCAUCGCCGUCAACAAUGUCGACCACGCCGCGACGACUCGCUUCUCGCGCGGUCCCGAAACGUUUGUGGCUGUCAAGGUCGAGGACACUGUGACGGCUCGCACCAAAGUUUCCAGAAACGACCGCUGGGAAUCCGAAUUCCACACUAUCGAUGUAGACAAGGCCAACGAACUGGAAAUCAUCGUCUACGACAAACCCGGCGAGCACCCCAUGCCCAUCGGCCUGCUCUGGGUCAGAAUAUCCGACAUAGUUGAGGAAAUGCGUCGCAAGAGAAUCGAGGCCGAAAUGAGUAGUUCCGGCUGGGUCUCUGCCGACAAGAUGGGCAGUAUCGCCGGCGCCGCCGCCCCUGCUCAGUUUCCCAUGAGCCCGUCGCAAGGAUCCUUCGGUGCCCAGGCUGGCGGCGCCCCUGGCGGCGCCCAACCUGGUGGUGCCUACGGCGCUCCUCCGCCCUCCCAGAUCAACGCCGGCCCCAUCGAUGGCUGGUUCAAUCUGGAGCCCGCCGGCCAGAUUCAGCUGCAGAUGAGUUUCGACAAGCAGAACCGUGACAAGCGCACCGUCGACGUCGGUCUCGGCCGAAAGGGUGCUGUUCGUCAGCGCAAAGAAGAGGUCCACGAAAUGUAUGGCCACAAAUUUGUCCAGCAGCAAUUCUACAAUAUCAUGCGAUGUGCUCUCUGCGGCGAUUUUCUCAAAUACUCCGCCGGCAUGCAGUGUGAGGACUGCAAGUAUACGUGUCACACGAAAUGCUACCAGAGUGUAGUUACCAAAUGCAUCAGCAAGAGCAACGCGGAGACAGACCCCGAGGAAGAAAAGAUCAACCAUCGCAUUCCCCACAGAUUCCAGCCCUUUUCAAAUGUCACCGCGAACUGGUGCUGCCACUGUGGUUAUAUACUACCCUUUGGCAAAAAGAACUGCAGAAAGUGUACCGAGUGCAGUCUCACAAGUCACGCUAACUGUGUGCACCUUGUGCCAGACUUCUGCGGCAUGUCCAUGGCUGUGGCGAAUCAGAUUCUCCAGGGCAUUCGCACCCACAAGCAAAAGGCUAAGACGACUACCAACUUGACGGACAGAACCCUACGCAAGAUGAGCACUCCUGGCUCUCAGUCGGGCACAUCGACUUCCGGUGUCUCCCCGACUGGUUCCGCACAGCCGCCGCAGCUCACUCCCACGACCACCGAAGCAGCCGAGGCCGCCAGACGCAUGUACUCCAGUCAACAGGCCCCACAACAGCGGCCAGCGCCUGGACGCGCGCCAUCAAGCACCAGCUCGUCAAUCACUCCUGCCUCUUCAGCAGCAGCUGCUGCGGCUGCUUCGGCCGCCAUGUCUGGCGUGUCGCAGCAAACGCAAAGGCCCGAAGCCGGCCGAUAUGGCAGCUAUGGCCAACCGUCUCCGGAUGCAUAUGCUGCCGCGGGCGCCUACGGAAGUCAGGUGCAAGCGCAGCAGCAGGCGCGUCCCUACAACCCAGCAGAUUAUGCAAAUGUCAACAGCGGCUACGCUCAACAACAGCAAAUCCAGCCCCCUGCUCAGAUCAGACCUGCGCAGCAGAUGCCUCCUCCCGCCCAACCCGCUGUUCGACCUGCCGAGCCGCUUUCGCCCCAAAAGUCGUACUCUCCCCAAGGUGGGCAAGCCGGUGGCCGCAAGGCAUUGCCUCUUGCCACCGACCCCGGCACUGGACAGCGUAUCGGCCUGGACCACUUCAACUUCCUGGCUGUCCUGGGCAAGGGCAACUUUGGCAAGGUCAUGCUUGCCGAGACUAAGAGAUCCAAGAAGCUAUACGCUAUCAAGGUCUUAAAGAAGGAGUUUAUCAUCGAGCAUGAUGAAGUCGAGAGUAUGCGCUCUGAGAAGAGAGUCUUCUUGGUCGCCAACCGAGAGCGCCACCCCUUCCUGACCAACCUGCACGCCUGUUUCCAGACGGAGACGCGAGUAUACUUUGUCAUGGAGUACAUUAGCGGCGGUGAUCUGAUGCUUCAUAUUCAGCGCGGACAAUUUGGCGCUAGACGAGCACAGUUUUAUGCUGCCGAAGUCUGCUUGGCCUUGAAGUAUUUCCACGAGAAUGGUGUCGUCUACCGUGAUCUGAAGCUCGACAACAUCAUGUUGACGCUAGAUGGACACAUCAAGGUAGCCGAUUACGGUCUUUGCAAGGAGGACAUGUGGUACGGCUCCACUACCGGCACAUUCUGUGGUACGCCCGAGUUCAUGGCACCAGAGAUUCUGCUGGACAAGAAAUAUGGCCGCGCCGUCGAUUGGUGGGCAUUUGGUGUCUUGAUCUACCAGAUGCUUCUUCAGCAGUCGCCAUUCCGCGGCGACGACGAGGACGAAAUCUACGAAGCCAUUCUGUCGGAUGAGCCGCUUUACCCGAUUAGCAUGCCCAAGGAGUCUGUGUCUAUUCUUCAGAAGCUGCUCACGCGCGAGCCCAACGACCGUUUGGGUAGCGGCCCGACGGACGCGCAGGAAGUCAUGAGCCAUGCGUUCUUUAAGAACAUCAACUGGGAGGAGAUUUACCUGAAGCGAGGACCGCCGCCAUUUAAGCCCGCGAUCAAGAGUGCAACGGACACGAGCAACUUUGAUUCUGAAUUUACCAGCGUCACGCCCGUUCUUACGCCGGUGCAGUCAGUCUUGUCGCAAGCGAUGCAGGAAGAGUUCCGUGGCUUCUCGUACACGGCUGAUUUUGAAUGA